GGAAGCACAAAUUAAAACCUGAACUUGGUAGUACAGUUGAGCCAGAGAUGCAUUAGUCGUCACCUCUGUCCUCUGGAACCGAGUGUAGUAAGCUAUGAUCCCCUUCUUCUUGCAUUGCUUUCUUCUCUUUUUCUUCUUCCCUGGCUCCGGUGCUGAGGAAUUUGUAUACAAUGGAUUCGCAAACGCUAAUCUAAGCUUUGAAGGUGAAGCUUCUAUUGAUGAGCGUGGUCGCCUGGGACUAACAACUGGUCUUGACAUAGUCGGAGUCGGCCAUGCUUUCUACAGAUACCCUAUAAGCUUCAGAAAGACCCCCAGCGAUCCUGCCAUGCACUCCUUUACGACAUCGUUCUUGUUCGAGAUGACAUCUUUGUAUGAACAUUAUGGUUCUACUCCAGGAAGUGAUGGGGUUGCCUUUGUGAUUUCUUCCACCAAUAAGUUCUUGAACGACUCCUUAUUACCAGGUCCGUACCUAGGCCUCUUCAAUAUGUCAAAUAGGAGCAGCGCUUCCAGGAAUAUACUCGCCAUUGAGCUUGGUACCAUCAUGAAUCCUAAGUUGAACGACAUAGACGAUAACCAUGUUGCGAUCAAUAUCAACAGCUUGAUUUCAGUUAACUACCAUACUGCUGGCUUCUACACCCCGGAUGGUGGGUUCCAGUCCGUGAGACUAAACAUGGAACAAGUAUUCCAGUUAUGGGUAGAUUAUGAUGGAAAAGCUCAGCAACUAAAUGUCACCUUAGGGUUUCCCGGGUCACCUAAACCCAAGUAUCCACUACUAUCCAACACUUUGAAUCUGUCAUCUUUGUUACCAAGUGAGCUCUUUGUUGGGUUUUCCGCAUCAACGAGCACAUUGUCAACCAGGCAUUUCAUUCUUGGCUGGAGCUUCAAAACAAAUGGGGAAGCUUCACAGCUCAACUACUCUGCGUUUGUAGAAGGGUCUGCACCAGCAGGGCCAGGGUUAAGAUUUAAUAUUUCUCAGGAAAUAGUUCCAAAUCCUAAUCACCGAUCACAGAGAGCUCGCACACCCUUGCAUGUGCUUCUACCUGUAGUUACUUUAACUUCAUUGAUCUUGCUUGUUAUGUCUGCUGGCCUUGCUGGGAAUACGAAAGAAUCAGAUUGGGAGAUGAACUGUGGUCCACCUUCUUUCACAUACAAAGAUCUGGUCAGUGCUACUGGUGGGUUCAAAGACAAGAUGCUCCUUGGUAAGGGAGGUUUUGGACGGGUCUACAAAGGAUUCCUCCCUGCCUCUAAGCAGAAUGUUGCAAUCAAGCGGAUCUCCCCUGAGUCGAAGCAAGGGACCAAGGAGUUUGCAUCCGAAGUUACCAUAUUAGGUCAUGUUCGCCACCGGAGUCUUGUUCGUUUACUUGGCUAUUGCAGGCACAAGCAUGAGCUACUCUUGGUGUACGAUUAUAUGCCCAAUGGCAGCCUUGAUAAAUAUCUGCAUGGUCAAGAUAAACCUGCACUAGGUUGGUCUCAGAGAUUUUGCAUCAUCAAAAGUGUUGCAUCUGGACUCUUCUACCUCCAUGAGGAAUGGGAACAUGUGGUCAUCCAUCGAGACAUUAAGUCAAGCAAUGUCCUCCUUGACGAUGCAAUGAAUGGAAGGCUGGGUGAUUUUGGCCUUGCAAGAUUACAUGACCACGGAGUGGAUGCUCACACCACACGCAUAGCAGGAACAUUUGGCUACAUUGCUCCCGAGCUGGCUAGACUUGGCAAAGCAACCAAGGCGGCUGAUGUUUUUGCAUUUGGGGUGUUUAUGAGGGAGGUUACAUGCGGAAGGCGGCCGGUUGAGGUAAAUGCUUGUGGAGAGCCUCAGGUGCUAGCUGACCAUGUGAUCAAUGCAUGGCAAGAUGGCUCAAUCAUGGACUCCAGAGACCCUAGACUGGAAGAUUGUGUAGCGCAGGAGGUAGAGAUGGUUUUAAAGCUAGGACUCCUAUGCUCACACCCAUCACCCAAGGUGAGGCCUGGCACGCGCUUGGUGAUGCGAUACCUGGAAAAUGUUGCAACACUCCCUGAUUUCCCACUUAAUUUCUUCAACGCUGAUCCAGCUAAUGAUGAAGUGUACGAUCAGUUUGUUGCCUCUGUGGCGGCCGCGACAAUCAGUCUUUCUGGUGGAAGAUGACCCUAUUGUUAUGAUCAUAGUUUCUUUUAUGGCUGAUAAUGCAAAACAGCUACAGUUACACAUAGAUGCAGCUAUUGUAUUUUACAUAUAAUAUCAGAUUGUAACUGUAGUAUGAAGCAUAUACAGGCCGGAGUGUAUAUUUGCAUGGUUUAUGUGAAAACUCGUGAGAUAA